AUGGAGGAGUCCAGCUCCCAGAAGUUGGUGUGGGAUGGGGACGCCAAAGCGGUCCAGCAGUGUCUGACGGACAUCUUCACCAGCGUCUACACCACUUGCGACAUCCCAGAAAACGCCAUCUUCGGGCCCUGCGUGCUGAGCCACACGUCUCUGUACGACAGCAUCGCCUUCAUCGCUCUCAAGUCCACCGACAAGCGCACAGCACCCUACAUCUUCAGGGUGGACACGUCGGCGGCCAACAGCACCUCUGAGGGUUUGAUGUGGCUUCGGCUUGUCCAGUCUGCUCGGGACAAAGAGGAGCAGAACCUGGAGGCCUACGUGAAGAACGGCCAGCUCCUGUACCGCUCGCUCCGCCGGAUCGAGAAGGACGAGGAGCUGCUGGUCUGGUACGGCAAAGACCUCAUCGACCUGCUGCUGCUCAGCUCCAGCAGGGCGCCGGCCAAGAGCAAAGGUUCGUCCCAUCAUUCAUGUCCAGACUGCAGCCAGCGGUUCCAGUUCGAGUUCCCGUUCUUGGCCCAUCUCCGGUUCCGUUGCACCAAAAGAUUGCAGAGCAUCACAGGGGCCGACGAGGAGCCCGCCAAAGAGAGCGCCGCCGAGCGACCAAACACCACCCCGACCAGGACCAGCCCGAAGCUGGGCCGCUCCGAGGGCUUCAGCGGCGCUCAGGACGCCACUAAACCCUCCACGGACUUUCACAACCUGGCCAGGGAUCUAGAGAACAACCGGACCAGUCCGCCUAGCGACAAGGAGGCCGAGAUCUGCAGCGAGAGCUCGGGGAAGAGGAAGUUCUCGGAGAUAGAGGACCGGGAGCGCCGAGGGCCAAGCCUGCCGCAGUCCAAGUCCAAAGACGAGCUUGCAACGUCGGCGCAGAACUACAGAGGGGCGUACGGUCUGGAGGAGAACCACAACAAGGCCUUCUCGCCGCCGGGACCUACAGAAAUCGGUCAAGGCAAGCGCAGCGCCUUCACCGAGGUCAAGAAGUCGCCCCAGAACCUCAAACAUCACGGCGGAGGCAAAAACCUCCAGAGCUCCAACUCUGAAAACAAGGACGGCGGUCGCCCGAGCAGCAGCCCGUCGGAGAAGCACCUCAACAUCCGGCAGGUGCUUUCGGAGACGCAGCAGCCGCAAAGCUCCCCCAUGGGCAGCGCCUUCACCUCGGUCACCCAGCAAGGGGGCGGCGGCGGCGAGAGAAAGAGCGCCUUCAGCCAGCCGUCGCGCUCCUUCUCCCAGAUCUCGCCGCUGGUGAUGCCGACCAAGCUGCUGGACUGCCACCCGGCGGUGGGCGACACCAUCUCCUCCAGCCGACUCUACCAGGCCGACCACCUCGCCGCCAAGCUGCAGGGCGCUGAGCUCGGCGCCAACUGCCCCGUGCCGGGCGGCAUGUCCAAGCAGAACCCCUUCGUCUACGCCACCACCUUCUGGCCCAAGAACUCGGGCGCCAUCCAGCUCCAGAUGCCGUCGGCGCUCACCCUCCUGCCGCCCUCCUUCACCUCGCUCUGCCUGCCGGCGCAGAACUGGUGCGCCAAGUGCAACGCCUCCUUCCGCAUGACCUCGGACUUGGUUUACCACAUGCGCUCCCACCACAAAAAGGAGUUCGCCAUGGAGCCGAUGGUCAAGCGGCGGCGCGAGGAGAAACUCAAGUGCCCCAUUUGCAACGAGUCGUUCCGGGAGAGGCACCACCUGUCACGUCACAUGACCUCCCAUAACUGA